CAUCGCAUUGCUGCUUGAUUCCGCAUGUGAUCAUUCAUGGUGCCAGAACAUUGUUCGUUACGUCUUGGCUGCGGGACGUCGAGGGAGGUAUUUGCCUCGGGAUUACAUCCUACUUUCUGAUUCUUCCCGAGCACGAGUAUUGAUUGUUACAUUUGUAUGUGACGUAAUUGGUCGGGGAUCAAUAUGGUUAGUGUAGUUGCUGACCUUGAGGGUGAUCGUGUUGCCCGUGCAUCAGAUUUCAUUUGGUUCCUGAGGGAAGGGCUUCCGUUAUUCGUCCAUGGAUAGCUUGACCGUCAUUGUGGAUGGAGUUGUUUCUUCAUUUCAUUUCCUUCAGUGAAAAGUGAGGUUUCGGUUGUGUGUGGAAGCCAACUCGAUCCAGCCUCGGUGGUUCGCAAUUAACGACAGCAUGGAACUCUCUCUUUAAGAUCGAUUCUUUGAUGUAUGUGUUUGCAAGCGUCAUCGAGCCUGAGUCAUCUGUUCCUGACCGAGAUAUCGUUCAUUGCUCCCGUUGUGCAUUGCAAUACUCUUAAUCUCAUGGUCUGCAGUUUGUGGAUAAUGGUGGAAUUCAGAAGAAAAGUUCGGACGAGAAGAAAACCAAGAAGGACAGAGUUCUUGUAUGCUGAUUAACCUUGACAGCCGAGGACUUUGUUGGGUUAAGUGUGUGGAUUGAAGGCGGGCCUCCUCAUACUAGUUAUGCAUGUUUCGUUGCUUUGUCCAGCGUAAUGCAUGUGGCCAGGUACUAAUGGUGCGUCGUCAUGGCUGGCAGUUUCCAGCUCACACAUUCCAGGUGGUGGCCAUCACACUCUAUUUUUUGCUGGCAACCGCCUUCUAUGUUUUUAUGGCCCCCUUCUUGUGGAUCGGCGGAUUGGAAUCCGCAGCUUUUGCACUGUACUCCCCCUUGUUCAUUAUGGUCUUGCUGCUCUACACACGGUGUUCAGCCAUUAACCCGGCAGACCCAGGUGUAUUGAAGAAUAGGCCCUUGCUCACAAAUGAUCGAGAUUGCUCCUUCUCACAGAUUUCAGGAGGCGUGACAUUAGCCACGUCAAGCCCUCACUAUGCCAUGCAAUCAGAACGUGACCAAAAAUAUUCCCGUGCUGAGCAAGGUCGAUUUGGUUGGAACAAGGCUCCUGGUUUGUGUUCUGUUUCGGGAUUUUGUAUGUCGUCGUGUGGUUGGUUGUUGAAGGAUGACUUCUGCUAUAAUGACGCAAAGUACGACCAGCCUGUACCUGAGCAAGAUAUUCUGUUCUGCACGCUCUGCAAUGCUGAGGUUCGGAAGUACAGUAAACAUUGCAGAAGCUGCGACAAAUGUGUUGAUGGCUUUGACCACCAUUGUCGGUGGCUUAACAACUGUGUUGGGAGGAAGAAUUACUCAACAUUUAUUGCCCUUAUGGCCACGAGUCUUGUCUUGCUUGUGGUCGAGUGGGGAAUAGGGGCAGCAGUUUUUAUACGUUGUUUAGUGGACAGGAAGGGAACUCUGGACCAGAUAUACAGCAAGCUUGGAAAUGGCUUUUCCAUGUUUCCUUUUGCCUCUGUGGUGCUGGCUUGCACAUUGGUGGCUUUUCUUGCCUCGGUUCCUUUGGGAGAACUCUUCUUUUUUCACCUAAUAUUGAUGAAAAAGGGGAUUUCCACAUAUGAAUAUGUGAUGGCUAUGCGAGCGCAGGCUGAUCAGACACCUGCUCCUGUUGAAGAAGAGAGUGAGUUAUCAUCACCUGGCGCUUCAACAACUGUUAUAGGUGGAUUUAGUUCAUGCCGAAUUCAGAUGCAGGGUGGUACUGAUAGCUGGUGUACACUGCCUCGAACAUUCAUUGAGCACCAGGAAAUUAGUGUUUCAUGUCCUUGUAAAGCAUACGGAAGAAAGCACAAGAUUGGCACUAUCGUCGAGGAGAAAACUGCAGAAGAAAGUUUUGAAAUAGAAAAGAUCAAAAACGAUGAUGUUGAAGAGAAAAAAGUUGAACAGAAUGGCGAUCAAAUUUCAAGGGAUGAUAAUCUCGUUACGGCAACAGGCAGGGUGCUUUCAAGCAUUGAUCAAGACGGUACUGGACGACCUGGAAAGACUGCUUCAGGAAACGUUCGAAUAAGUGCAUGGAGACUGGCAAAGCUAAAUGCAGAAGACGCUUCUCGAGCAGCAGCAAAUGCCCUGGAUAAAUCAUCUGUGCUACAGAAACUUGGUGAUCGUGACCUUGGAAAUGAACCAGCGACUGAUGAUGAUUCCAGAAGUAACAUGAUCAACUGGAGUAGUUUCAGUUCAGAUAAUGCAGUGCAUAAUUCGGCAAUAAUAGCCCCGCAAAAACUUCUCACUCCACGUGGACUUCCUUCUUUGAACCCCGAGCUAUCCCAUCUGCAUGUUGCCGAAUAUCCUGUAUUAUUUGGUCGUCCUGUGGAGCUAACAAAUGCCUGCUCUCAUAUUCAAAGAAGUAUCAGUGAGCAUAAUACUUUAUCGACAAUACCGGACUCUAAGUCAAUGAGCUCCUUUCCAGAGGACUUGGGGUACAGACUAUCAGAGAAGCAAUUGCCCGGUGUGACUGAAGUAGGACUCCAUGCAACACUAGAAGGGGCGAAGUGCUCUGAAUCUGCUGUAUCCUCUGUAUUAAUACAUUCUCCAAGACCGAGGUUGGGUUGGCCGACAUCCCAAGAAAUUGCUGCUCCAGGUGCAGAUGCUGCAGGGAGACACUAUUUCCAAUCUUUGGAAGUAGCCGUUAUCAGCAGUGAUGAGCACGAUACAUCGAAUUCUGUCACAGGAGACAAUUUAGUUAGGUCACCAAAAGAAAGAAAUAUCUCCUUAAAAUAUCACCAUAGAAAUUCAGUGUUUUGGAGUCGACCCGGAGUUGGAAAGUUUGGAGGUGAUCCCAAGCUUAACAAGCCUCAAAGUCGGAUUGAGUUUGGGGGCAGUGGCAUAAGCACUUCAACAUAUCCGUUACAAAUAUUGCGAACGUGGCCUGAAAGUCGGCUGGCCCAUCCAGAUUCAGAGUCUGAGUCGGGGACAAGAAGUGGCUCUGCAUCCAUCAAUCCAAUUCCCGCGGCAGUGAAUCUACCACUCAUUCAACCAAGACAGACAAAUGCCUCAGAAAGUUAUUCAGUUCUUUUCGGACCUCACAGUGUUCCUAAUGGAGAUGGAGAUAACAAAAAUUGCGAAGUUCUUCAGCCCCCACCUCCGAGGCUUGACAUUCAGCGAGUGGCCGAUUUGCAAAUUCAAGGACCUACAGAGAACAGGACCUCCGUGUGAUAAGCCAGUACCCUUUGUUCUGUCAUUUCCAGGUCUCAGUCGCCAAUCUUUGCACCUCGAAGUAGGUAAUGUCAGCAUCCCGAGGUUGGAGAAGAAAUUUUUAAUGCUUAGAUCUCUAUGUCUGCUAGUUCUAGUGAUGCAACAUGGCGUAUUUGGAACCAAGGCAUAUUUCUUCUAUGAAACUGUCCGUGGGAAGAACCAUCUCCAAAAAGGGUCGACGACUUAUUGUUUUACUUAAUAUGCAUUUCGCUUAUAUUGAAUGGCGUGUGGAUACAAGCUAUGAACCAGAUAUUCAUGCUGGCCCAACAGUUGUGACGGUCGAAACAAUAUUUGGGACUCACCCUGCUUCUUUGCAGCCGAUUUGUAGCCAUUCUAAGAGUAGGUUGCGACUCGGAGUUCAGCCAAGCGUUGAAUCUUCAAUGAGGUACAGGCACUGUUCUCUGUGUCUGAGGGUGCAAUUCGAUUUUUGUAAAGCACAGACUCAACCGAACAAAGAGUUGCGGGUUCACAAGUGCACCUCACCAGUCUUGAGCACUUAACAGACUUUUGCCUUGUCAUUGUACAAUUUUCGUCACGUUUUUAAAGCUCUGUUUAGAGUAUUCAUGUCUGAUUCAGAAUAAAGUUCGCCCUCAAUUACAGGGUAGUCCUUUCCAACAGGUGCAAA